GGCUUUUUGAUGAAGGGCCGGCGGUGGGAAAGAUGGCGGCGUCUCCGAGACCCUCCUGGUGGCAGCGGUGGCGGCGGCGCGCGUGGGCUUGGGACGGGGCCAGGCUUUUGCUCUUUCUCCUUCUGUUGGGGUCUGGGCCAGGGCCGCUGCAUGUCAGGGCAGGUCAAGCGGUGGAGUACUUGAAACGGGAGCACUCGCUGUCGAAGCCCUACCAGGGUGUGGGAACAAGCAGUUCUUCGCUGUGGAACCUGAUGGGCAACGCCAUGGUGAUGACGCAGUACAUCCGCCUCACGCCAGAUAUGCAAAGUAAACAGGGUGCCUUGUGGAACCGGGUGCCGUGUUUCCUGAAAGACUGGGAACUGCAGGUGCACUUCAAGAUCCACGGCCAAGGGAAGAAGAAUCUGCAUGGAGACGGCUUGGCAAUCUGGUACACAAAGGACCGAAUGCAGCCAGGGCCUGUGUUUGGAAACAUGGACAAAUUUGUGGGGCUGGGAGUGUUUGUAGACACCUAUCCCAAUGAGGAGAAGCAGCACGAGGCCCAGAAGAAGCGCUAUUCUCCAGGAGUCCAGCGGGUAUUCCCCUACAUCUCAGCCAUGGUGAACAACGGCUCCCUCAGCUAUGAUCAUGAGCGGGACGGGCGGCCCACAGAGCUGGGGGGCUGUACAGCCAUUGUCCGCAAUAUCCGCUAUGACACCUUCCUCGUGAUUCGCUAUGUCAAGAGGCAUCUGACGAUAAUGAUGGAUAUUGAUGGCAAACAUGAGUGGAGGGACUGCAUAGAGAUGCCCGGGGUCAGGCUCCCCCGGGGCUAUUACUUCGGCACUUCCUCCAUCACUGGGGAUCUCUCUGAUAACCAUGAUGUCAUUUCCCUGAAGUUGUUUGAGCUGACUGGAGUGAGGACCCCAGAAGAAGAAAAACUACAUAGAGAUGUCUUCCUGCCCUCAGUGGACAAUCUGAAGCUGCCAGAGAUGACAGUCCCUCCAACGCCCCUGAGUGGCCUGGCUCUCUUCCUUAUCGUCUUUUUCUCCUUGGUGUUUUCCGUAUUUGCCAUCGUUAUUGGGAUCAUACUCUACAACAAAUGGCAGGACCAGAGCCGGAAACGCUUCUACUGAGCGCUCUGCCGUGAGUCCCUCUACGGUGUUUACCAUAAGGCGUGGAUCUGAGCAUACAGCCUGGCGAGUCGGCCUGUUGUUCAGGGACUGUGUUCUGCCACUGGAGCUUUGAAUGCAGGAACCCUGCAUCCUCACGGUCAUCCAUGGGGACAUCUCACUGGCCCAGGAUAACAUCGAAGGGCCGAGCAGCUGUGGUGUGCCUUUCCCUGGAGAGUCCUUCCACUUAGGAGGAAUAUUAAGCAUCUGUUGUGACGCCUAAAUUACAGAAUUGGGCGGAUAGCUCAAGCAUGGACCAGAUGCAGCAGGCCUUCCACUGCAUUUUAAAAUUCCCAAAUAGAAAACCAGAGCUGGAGCCCCG